AUGAAGGUGCAAGGGGCAGCUGACAGGGCUGGGCUGCAGGCAGUGCUGGCAGCAGCGAUCCGUGCUCCCCUGUCCCUGCAGGUCCCCGAUGUGGGCACUGCCGCUGUGCACCGUGCCAACGUCCCCCAGCGCUUCGACCGCCGCGGGCUCUUAGAGCCGGGCCGCGGUCUCGGUUCCCCGGGAGCGCUUUUGUUCCGAGCUCGGGGGCGGGGGGGGGGGUCCCGGCGGGUGGGUGGGUGCGUGCCCGCCCGGGGGAGCGGCUCCUCGGGGCCGUCGGGGGGCGGGCAGCCCCCGCCCGUAUCGCGGCGCCGGGAGCGCGGCGGCUCGGCGGGGCGGCCGGGGGGCAGCGGUACGGGGCAGCCCCCGCGGUUGGGCGCCGCUCGCCGCCGCCGGCUCCGGUUCAUUGGCUCCCCGCGGCCGCCGGCUCCUCCAUGUUUGUUGUUGGCAGCGGCCGGCGGAGCCAAGCGCUGUCCAGCAGCCGACGCUCGCCCGCCCCAGCCCCGCGCCCGAGCCCCGGAGCCGCCGCCGGGCGCUGGGGCGGGCCCGAACCGCGCCGCAAGGUGCCCCCGCGGGGCCGGGAGGGAGCGUGGGCCGCGGCCCCGAGGGAGCGGGCGGUGUGCGGGCGGAGUGCAGGCGGCGGCGCUGCCCGCGGAGCGGCGCACGCGGGGCCGCGCAGGAUGCGCGGGGCCCCCGUCGGGGCGGGCCGGGGCGGGGCCGGGGGGGCGGCGGCGCCAGCAGUCAAGAUGGUGCGGGCGGCGGCGUCGGGGGUGGGGGCGGCCUGACGUGGGCGCGGGGCGGCCCGUGGGCCGGCGCCGCGGUGAUUUGCUGCGCGGCGCGGCGAGCGGCGGCGGCGGCGAUGAGAGCGGGCAGUGCGAACUGCCGGAGCAGCCGCCGGCCGCCGUGAGUGCGGGUAGCGGGCGGGCGGGCGCGGGGCUGCCGUCCUCUUCUUCUUCCUUCUCCUCCUCCUCCUUCUCCUUUCCCCCCUCCUCAACCCUGCCGCGAUGCGCGGCUGCGGCUCUGCGGCCGCUCCGGUGCCUCUGGGCACGGGGCUGUGCCGGGCGCGGCGGCUCUCGCUCUGCACCUGAUGAGCGCUGCGCCGGGUCCGAGCCGGGCGGGCGGGACGGGGCGGCCGCCGCUGCCUGCCGUGCCGUGCCGUGCCGUGCCCAGCUGGGCGUGCUCGCCGGCUCCGCGCACCGGGCGAUGCGCGGCGAUGCGCUCCCUCCGCUGCCGCUCUCCUCCCCGAGAAGCCGCCAGCGGGACCGCGGUUCUCAGCGCCCCGGAGCGCUGCGGAUGCCGGCCCCGAGCCGAGCGCACAAACUUUUCAGAGCAUCGUGACUCGCCGCCGAGCUCCGGCUAACCACCCUCUCCUUCUCUCCUCCCCCGUCCCUCCUCUUUUUUUUUUUUUCCUCCUCUUCCCCCCCUCUGUCUUUUGUUUUCGCAGAUAGUCGGCACACAAAGCUAGUCCCAGAUUUGAGCGACGGCAAGGCACCCUAAUGAGUGAACCUCGGGAGUGCUAUGGAUUUGAC